UCACCAGACAAACGAAAUACCUGCUACAUCGGUCGCUCUGUUGUUGUCUGGUCUGAGCUCAAGCAACCAGACUUGUUUGCCACCAAGCGCGCCGCGUGAGUCAGUCAUUUAGUAUACGUUCGCCCGCGCUCAUUCCAUCAGUCGGGUGCAGAAAUUCCUCCUCGAAAAUGUCCACCCUCACGAGACGAUCCAGCGGGAACAGGGUCCCGGAUUACAAGGACUACAUGAGUUUCGUCAGCGCCUACAGAAACGGGAAGAAAGAACCAGACUCCAACGAAGAUGGAACCUUCAUCUUGUCUGGUACAGGGAAUAUGGCACCGGAAGUCUCCGGCUUCAGCGGCAAAGUAUGCGAUUCUUACUCCUCCUUCUUGGAAAAAACCAAAAACAAGAAGUUCAGUUCGGUGAAACCCCCGUCAAAAGUCUUAGGACAAACGUGUAACGAACACAAACAAAGUGUGAAAGUGAAAACCGAAAUAUACCUCGAAAUAAACAACAUAAAUGAGCCCCCCAAACGACUGGACAGCGUUCAACCAGAUCAGAGUGAAGAAACCAUCGCUCUUGGACAAGUGGAAGCCAGGAAGAAGAUGUUCGAAGGUAGGACCCAACAGCAAGAAGUUAAACUCUCCCCAGUCAAUGGACACACCGAAAAAACCAAAAUCACAACCAUAAAACAAAAGCUCGAAUCGAGCAGUAGCAAAACAUCAGAAGACAACAUCACGCCAAAGCUACAGAUCAACAAGUUACCCUCCUCCAACAACCCUAAAUAUGAAGUGAGCGAAAUCAGAAUACAUCAAGAAAAACCCGUACUCAUCAAUCAAAAAACCAAGACUGAAGAUGCUGAAAAUCCCUUGAGUUUCCACGUUAUCGAAAAAAGAAACAACGAAUUACAAGCAGAUGUAACCAGCAAAGAAAAACUGAUAGGACAACUGAACGAAGCCCUCAGAUUCAAAACGUCGUUAGCUUUGGAAACUGAGGAUAAGAGGGAUGAGGUGAUUGAAAAAAUUUGCGUUGUUGAUGCACCCAAGGAAUUUUCUUCAAUUCCACCACCUCCUCCACCAAUGCCAAAUGGUUUCACACCCAGCAUGAACAGCUUACCAAAAAAGCCUAAUCAAGAAUCCACCAGCAACAGAAGUCCACCGUUCAAAUCAUCCAACGAAGAAGAUCAAGAGCACACCCAGAGGUCUGGUGUGAAGAACCACAAAUCAUCCACGUUGGAAAGAACGAACCCCCUGGUGAGAAAACUCGCAUAUGGUGCGAUGCUUGACAUGUACGGGGCGUACCAUGAAAAAGCUAACAGUUACGUAUCCACACUACCCAGACAACACGUGAAAAAGGACAAUGGACUUCAGAAAAUCAUCGAUAGCAUUGCUGCACAAGGAGGCCUGGAUAAACUGAGUGGAAGGAGCAACCCAAAAGCAGAAAACGAGUAGAAAUAAAAUUAUUUUCCUUCAUUUUAGAUUAUAAAUUGUAACCUUAGCCAUAGGUGAAUGUACUCUGAAUUGUUUUUAUUAAUAAAAUAUUAUGUUAUA